AUUGUCUAUAACUGAGUGUGCCGGGCCAAAGCCGGGUGCCAUUUGAGUCCAGGGCUUCAGCGGAAAGGGAAGAACCAUGGCUGCUCACCAGCAAAGCAGAAGGAAAGCCAGGGAGGCAAAAAGAAAGAAGGCCCAGAAGAAGCACCAACAAGCCAGGCGGAAGCAGAAGAAACUGCAGCCCCAGAAGCAGAAGAAGCCGCGCCAGGCGCGUCCUAAGCACAAGGGCCGCCAGAGCAAGGCCGGCGGCAGCGGUGGGGAGCAGGAGAGGAAGGUCUGCCGCCCGCGGCUCUUUGCCUCCAGGAUCCUGCGGCAGAUGCCCAAGGUGCGGAUGGAGGCCAAGGCCAGGAACCUGGUGAAGACCAUGCUGACGGACGUCUACAACCACGUGGCCACCGAGGUGGAGACCCUGAGCCAGAAGAACGAGGCCUCCGCCAUCAGCAGCUCCGAUGUGCAGACCGCCUUGAAAGAAGCCAUGAGCAAGGAGCUGGCCAAGCACACGGCCGAGCCGCCCACCAGCGGGGAGUGCGCUUAGAGGAGAUCCCUUCCUCUCCCCUCCCUUCUCUGCCAGGGGGGACAAGAAGGGAGAGGACCCAGCGCCUUGCCCCAGGAAGGAACCUAAUAAUAAUAAAAAACAAGAGACUUUAAAAUAUUUUGCUGCCUCAAAAUACCUACGAAAUCCUGUAUUCUACCACUUUCUAUGACCAUACGCACCUGAAAGAACGGUUUGUGAGGUGGGUUCAGAGAGGAAAAGAAACACCAUAUAUAUGAACUGGUUCUUCCAAUAAAUCGGGAUUUUAGCAGCUUUAUUCACCGACUUCUCU